AUGCUUGUGCGCGAGUUCUCUUUUCCUGCGACUUGUUGCCCGCGCGAGCUGAUGGGGCCGAGCGUCCUUGUCGGCAAUGUGGUGCUCGUAAAAUUGCGGGGCUAUGGGCAGUGGCCCGCCAUUGUGUGCCACACAAGCCAGGGCGGGCCCCUCGUCCAGGCCAGUCGCGGCGCCAACACUGUGCUCCUUCGCUGCUUUGGCGACCAUAAGUAUGUGUGGGGGACGCCAGCGAUGCUGACUCAGUUCGAUCCCUCCCCGACCGCUCUCAGCCGCGUCAAGGGUCAGCAGCUCCGACGUGCGUACCAGGAGGCGGCCUCGCAGCUGCACGUGCCAAAGCGGAGCGGUCCGGGAGAGCCGCCUGGGCCGCCGAGCAAGCAGGCGAGGCGCGAUGGGCCGUCGGCGGGUGCGAACUCGUCCGGCGCUGCCGGCGAACUCGAUCGGACCGAGCACCCGGCCGAGUCGAACCGCUCGUCCUCGCCACUGCACGUCACAGCCGCGCUGGAUGGGGACAGCGGGGGCGAAGGCGAGCAGGGGCCCCUUCCGGACGUGCAGGAGUUGGCCGGGCACGCCGCUGAUCUCGGAUCUGCGAUGGUCGACGGGACGCCGGCGGCUGACGAUCGAGUCACGGAGGAAGAACGACACCGAGAGCACCUCUUGUUUGUGCGUAAAAUUGCGGCGAAGCUGCUCAGCGCGAUCGACAACAUGCUCGAGCACCACAACCAAAAAAUUCUCAACCGGCGGUAGGUCGAGCAGCCCUUGCCCUCCCACUGUCUGCCAAAGGCCAUCGUGGAGAAAUAGAAGUGCAUGUUGGUGCGUGCAGUCGUCUGUACGUGGCGUCACCGGCGGAGGCGCCGCGAUUCUCACGCACCACGGGAGCGCGGGCACGCCGCGAGAGCAGUGCGAGUCUCUCGUCUCUGGCUGGCCCGCGGGGCUGAAAAUGUGAAGCCUCGUGCCGUCGUGGUUUGUUUGAUACGAACUCAAUACAAUACU